AUGGCUGGUCCUGCCUCCCCCCAGGCCGAAGGUCCCACGUUUGCUCCGCCUCCGCUGCCCGCCGGCUGGAUUGCUCAGUGGGAUGGCGCGAGCAAGAAGUACUACUAUGUUCAACUCUCGACCGGAGUCUCUCAGUGGGAGGUCCCCACUGAACCGGCCAAGACAGGCAACACUCCGGCGCCCCAAAUCGAGCACCCCUACGGCGCUCCCAAGCAGCAGCCGGAGCUCAUCACCCACCCGGACGGGUCGCAGACGAUGCGCCAUGCCGAUGGCACCAUGGAGCCCAUCAUGCCCGACGGAACACGCGGUGUUGACGGCCCAUCUGGAGACCGGGGUAUUGGGAGUAUGGCUAUGAACGCUCUGCUCGGCGGCAACAAGAACUCGUCUCACGGCGGCGGUAGCAGUGGAGGUCACGGCCCCAGUCCCCUGGGUAACCUCGGCGGUCUCGCAAGCCAAUUCCUCGGUGGCUCUCAUGGUGGAAGCGGCGGCGGCAGUGGUGGAGGCCACGGCUCCGGUUCUUCAGGCAACCUUGGCGGUCUUGCGAGCCAAUUCCUUGGUGGUUCUCAUGGCGGAAGCGGUGGAAGCGGAGGAGGCAAGCAAUCUGGUGCUGGAAAGCUCGUCGGACAGCUGGCUUCGAGCUUCAUGAACUCGGCCUCUCAGGAGAAGCCUCCCGCUCCGCAGAACUACCAUGGCAACGCCAACCAGCAGAACUCUCACCACUCUCAGGGAGGUCUUGCUGGUACUGUCAUGGGUGGUGUUGCUCAUAUGUUUGGUGGCAAGCCUGGUAGCAGCCAGGGCCAGAACUUUGGCUAUCACAGCUCGGGACCGCAGCAACAGCAGCAGGGUGGUGGCGGCGGCGGUUCCUCUUACUCGGGCGAAGCUCCCACUUAUAAGCCCCCGGGUUCAGCAGGAUCUGCUCCCUCAGGGACUCCUUCGGGAUCGCAGCCCUACGGAACACCCUCGCCUAACCAUCAACAGCAUAACCAGCAACACGGUUCUCAUCAGCAACAGCCGGGUCAGAGUUCUCCGUACGGUUCACACCAACAGCCCGGCCAGAACGCCCCUUAUGGUUCGCAUCAGCAGCAACCCGGCUCUCACCCACAGCAGUCUGGUUCCAACACACCUUAUGGCUCGCACCAGCAACAGCCAGGAGCCAACCCGCAAUAUGGAGCUGGUCAACAACACCCAGGAUCGAACCAACCGUACGGCUCCCACUCGCAACAGCCAGGCGAGAACCCUCCCUAUGGAUCUCACCAGCAGCCCGGCUCGCAUCAACAGCCAGGUGCUAACCCACCAUAUGGCUCACAGGCUAGCCCGAACCAGCAGCAGUAUGGUUCCAACUCUCAGUAUGGUGGAAGUCCGCAUGGAUCCCAGAACAACUCGUUCCCUCCUCCACCCCCAGGAGGUCCGCCUCAACAGCAUGGACAACAUGGGCAGCAUGGGCAGCAGGCACAAUACUUCCCUCCUCCUCCUACUGCGCAGCCGCCGCACCAGCAGCAAUAUGGACAAGGCUAUCCCAAUAACCCCCAGGCCGCUGGCGGUCAGUAUGGAGGACCUCCUGAUCAACAUGGACAAAAUCAACAGACCUACAGUGCACCUCCAGCUCCCGGAAACCAGCAGUAUCCCCCUCCCCCUCCCGGAGGUCCUCCUGGAGGAUAUAAUCCCUCAUACAACGGAGGCCAAGGAGGCCAGCCUUCUUAUGGUGGUGGUGCCCCCCCUGUUCCACACGGAACACACCCGGGUCAAUAUGGAGGAGCCUACUGA